AUGGACUUUGUAAGAGAAGUUGCACAAGCACUUUAUCAGCGUUACAUUUUCACUGCAUCAGAAUCUGCAGCUAACUAUCCCGUUUGCUCACCAUAUUUUGAGGACUACUAUAACUCUACGUGGACUUACAAACUGGAUUCAACGAUACGAUGGAUUGAAGAUUGUCUUGAUCUCUUGAGAAAGGACUAUUUCUUUUAUCUGGCUUUCGAGAAUUCUCUUGCAGAAGAUUACGUGACCGAGAAGAUAUUGUAUCCGUUAAUGCAUUAUACCGUGCCAAUAGUUUAUGGUGGAGCAGAUUAUUCAAGAUUUCUUCCACCUGGGUCUUAUAUCGAUGCUGGAAAAUUGAGUGCAGAUGAAGUAGCGUCUCUAAUAUUGAAAGCAAUCAACUAUCGACAUGAAUACGAAGAUUAUUUUAGAUGGCAUAAUCAUUAUGAAUACAAAGAGUUUCCAGCUGAAGCCGAUGUGUGUUCCCUCUGCAAGCUGCUCAAUACACACGAAGAUAACACAUCUAUUGUUAACAAUUUCAGAAAGUGGUGGAAUCCUGACUAUGAAAUUAUUUGUGUAAACGAAGGAAUGAGAAUUUAGGACGUGUGUGAUUUAUAAUAAUUAAGAAAUCUUUAUUGCUUAUAUAAAAAUAAAGUUCUACGGUGUUUUUUUAAUUUA